AUGACGGAGAGAGGAUACAGCCGGGAUGCAAUGCAGUGCCGCGUGAAAAUCAAGGAGCUGAGACAAGGGUACCAGAAGACCAAAGAGUCAAACGGACACUCCGGAUCCCAGCCCCAGACAUGCUGUUUCUACGAGGCACUGCAUUCCAUUCUAGGAGCGGCCGCCACCACUACCCCGCCACUGACCGUGGACUCUGAGGAUGGGAUAUUGUCGACGGCCGCUUCCACGGAGAUGUUAGCAGACGGGGAAGAUGAGGAAGGAGAUGAGGAGGACGAGACAGUCGACAGCGCUUACAACGCUGAUUUCCACGACAGCCAGGAUCUCUUCAUCACCCUCACGGAGAUCCCCUACCAACCCUCCCCAGGCGUUAACCUGGACCCUGAAUCAGGGGAAGGAUCAGUCGUUUGCCCUAGGCGCUCUACUUUUUAGUCCUUGCCAGUGCAGCUACUGGAAAAUAAGGUCUAUAUGUCCGGGGAUAGA